AUGCAUUGUAUUAAAAUAUAUACCGAUCAGAAUACUCAAACAUAUGUUGAAAUACCAUUAUAUUAUGAAUUUUAUUUUUACUAUUAUAUGCCGUAUGUUUUAUUAGAACAUCUCAAAGAUAUAAAUCCAACUGCUGAAGGUUUAUUUCUUUUGAACAAGCAAGGAAUAAGAUCAGCACAUUUAAGACGUGGUGAACGAAUAUAUUUGACUCAAUAUGAUGAUAUACCAAUUGAAGAUGGUCAUUAUAUCUUGAAUUGCUUAUCAGAUUCAAAUCAUAUUAAAUAUCGUAUUGAAUUAUUUUAUAAUGCUCGAUAUAUAAUUGGUGUUCAUAGUGGAGCUUUAUCAAAUAUGAAUUUUGCUCAAUCAAAUAUAACAAUUAUUGAAUUAAUGCCUUAUAAAUCAAGUACAAGUUCACUUCGAAUGACUUGUUCAAUGUUUAAUUCUGAUGAUUUAAAAGCAUGUGCUGUUAUAUAUUAUAUACUCAACUUCAAUUACUUAAUAAAACUUAUUGGAUUUUAUCUAUUCUUGUUAAUGAUCAAGGAAAUAUGA